CUUUUUCCGGGUCACAUUAAUAAGAGUGAAAAGAAAUUCCCGGCUGCCGGAUUGCUGACGGCAGGCGCCGUUCAACGUUACCGUCCUACUAAUUGAUUGGCGUCCCCCGAUCCCCGGUUCCAACCCCUGUCGCGGGAACGGUCGCGUGGAUUUACGGUGGUACAAUACAACUAGCUCACCCCAAACCUCCGAUCAUCACUCCCAAUUUGUCCCGAAGGACCUCGAAAGCUGUCUGGUGGCGUCGAGUCUUGCUUGUACGACCGUCUAAAACAGCGCCGGACCAUCAUGUCGUCGGCUCUGAGCAAGCGCCAGCAGGCCCGCAACGAAAAGGCCCUGCAGGACCUCCUCCACAGCGUUCCCGGGAACAACUUCUGCGCCGAUUGUCAAGCACAGAAUCCAGCUUGGGCAUCCUGGAGCUUGGGCAUUUUCCUGUGCAUGCGAUGCGCGACUAUCCACCGCAAGUUGGGCACCCACAUAUCCAAGGUGAAGUCGCUGAGCAUGGAUAGUUGGACCAACGAGCAAGUUGAUAAUAUGAAGAAAGUCGGCAACGUCGUGUCUAACAAAUUGUACAACCCCGACAAUAAGAAGCCGCCGGUCCCCAUAGACGCCGACGAAGCCGACAGCGCCAUGGAACGCUUUAUCCGCCAGAAAUAUAUCAACCGUACUCUAUCUACGGCCAAGAGGUCCGGAGGCAACGAUUCCGACGACACCCCUCCCCCGCUUCCCCCUAAAACGCCGAGCCGGUUCGGGCUCCGAUCCGCCUCGUCAAUAUUCCCGCUUGGAUCCAAGUCAAAGAAAGCGCAGGAGCCGACCAGCCCGCGAGAUUCACAGCCUCACCCGCCGCUUCGAAACAAAUCGUCUGGAGUGUUUGGUGUAAGCGUCGAGCGCGAUCGGAGAGAUGGAGACGACACCGAGCGGAAACUCGCUCAGCUUCGAGACAUGGGCUUCAUGGAUGACCACAAGAACUCUAUGGUGCUAAAAGGGGUGGGCGGGAGUCUGGAGAAAGCGGUGGAGACGUUGAUCCGACUGGGGGAAGGAGGAGGGAAGCCUGCGCCACUGCUUGGGCCUGCGAGGGCUUCGACAAUGCCGGUGACUCGGAGUUUGACGCCCAGUGCGGGCUCCGAUGCGCCCCGUACUCGACCCAUAAGCCCGGCUAGCACCAAUCCAUUUGACAUGCUAGACGCACCGCAGACCCCGCAGCCGCUCUCCACGCAGUCGACGGGCACAUUACAAACCAGAAACCCGUAUGCGUCGACGAAUCCAUUCGGCGCACCGCAGCAGGCACCCUCAGCGCUUGACUUGGCCUUCCAGAACAUGUCCCUCGCCCCGCCAUCCCAACCUCUUUUCCCACACCACACGGGAGGCCUAGCUCAGCAGCAGAAUCCUCAGGCGGUAUACCAACAGUCGAUGACAGCUCCCCUGACGGCCCCGCUGCCACCAGUAGCGCAAGGCUACCCUACCAUGGGAGUUCACGGCAUGCAGUCGUACCAGCAAGCGGCACCCCCCACACAACAACCAGCGGUGGGCAACUACAACCCAUUCUUCGCGUCUCAGCAGCCAACACAACAACCGUUGUCGGUCAAUACGGCCCAGUUUGGCGGGCACCUGAGCAGCAACCCGUUCACAAGGUCACCAACGAGGAUGCAAUCCCCAACCCUCUCACAAAUACCGGAACAGGCGCAGCAGCAGUUCUACGCGGCGCCGCUGCAACAGCAACCGCAAACCAGUAACCCCUUCUUCAACCAAAUGAUGACGGUCCCGCAGCAGCAGCAGCAACAGCAGCCGCAAUUCGGGCAGAUGCAAAUGCACCCGCAAAUGGGUUUGGCACCGCAGAUGACCGGCUACAUGCAGCAGUACCAACAGCAGCAGCAGCCCCGGCCAGAUAAGGCGUCGAUAUUGGCAUUGUACAACUAUUCUCAACCAGCACUAAACCAAAACCAAAACCAGAACCCAACCCAGUACCAGAACCAGGACGCUGGGCUAUCGACAGCGGCUCCAGCUCCAACUCAGACGCCCGACUCGCUGUUUCCCCAGCAACCGCAACAACAACAACAGCAACAGCAACAGCAACCAGCACCGGUUAACCUAGGUCCAAGUCUAGGCUCAGGGGUAGGAGGGAGCAAGAACCCGUUCGCUACAAGUGCCAAUCCCGGGGCCGGUGCCGGGCGGCUUGCCGAGUCAGCGCCGAAGCACAAUGCCAGCCGGGAUAGCAUGAUGGCGCUGGGGCUGGAGUGGUCCAACGGGAGGCACAGCCCGGAUGCGUUUGCCAGCUUGAGUGCUAGGGAUACUCGUUGAUUUUGGUCUGGACAGACACCUGCUGUGUAAGGUGGGAUGGUAAUGGUAUGGGAAGGUAAUGGGAUGGGAGAAAGAAAACCUUUUUGGUGGUGGGACGGUGGGACUUAUCAUGGAUGGAUAGAUGGAUGGGAUGCACAUGUACAUGUAGUGUGCAUUGUCUGACUUGCUGACUGGCUGUCUUGGAAUUGGAGCGAAAGGGAAGAAGGCUUUGUAUAUACUAGCAUGCCUUAGGUACCUACUUAGAUGGUGUACUGAAGUGUCUAUCUGUGUGAUACCUUAAAUAUCAAGUUUGCUUUCUCUGGUUG